CAACUGAAUUUCCCACAGGUGGACUCCAAUCAAGUUGUAGAAACAUCUCAAGGAUGAUCAGUGGAAACAGGAUGCACCACAGCUCAAUUUUGACUGUCAUGGCAAAGGCUGUGAAUACUUUCUGGAUGCACUGUAUAUACAGUGUAUUCUCUUGAAAUGGGCCAUUACACAAAACAUUUGCCGUACCAACAUCCGGUAUCAUACUGUCCGUGUUUAUGUGCGAGCAGUUUCUGCGGGGAAAACCCAACAACCAUGUUUUACUGGACGAAGACGAAGUCCGGGGUUUCGGAGACACUCGACAGUUUAGGUAACAUGUCUAAAGCGGAGAUUCUGAGAGGAAUCAUUACCGAAAAACUGACAACGGCCGCCCAGGAGAUCUUAGCGGUGGUAGGGCGAACCAUGGCGGGAUACGAGGAGGAGGCUUCCGGCUUCAGGAAGGAGAUUGACCGGCAGAGGAGGCAGCUGGAGCUUCUGCAGCCCGAAAGAAGAGCCCAGAUCCCAGGUCUGGACAGCCAUGAGGUGGUGGUUCUGAGCGAGGAGGAGGAGGAGGAGGAGGAGCACACACACCAGACAGGUGCACAGGACGCUGGGAGUCAGGGCGUCCUGUGGGUUGAUAAUGAUGAAGAGGAGCAGCUGUCCGUGCAACCGGAAAUGAGCUCCAGAGAGAAGCGAGAAGACCUGAAGGAUCCGGAUUAUCAAAUGCCAUCAAGGUCGUUUCCCAGACUUCAGUCUGGCAGGAGGAAGCCCGGCAGACCUCGGAUCAGUGAUGCACCAUCCCAUCUAGAUUUAAGAGUCCGCAUUCUGGAGGACUCGCAGAUCGUUGUCCUGUCCAGCAGUGUGUUUAAGAAGUACCCAGUGCAGGAGCUGCGGUGUCCUCGUGGUCUGCGGGAGGUGGACUUCCUGGACCUGCUGAGGUCCACCUUCCCUCAGCUGGCUGCUAAUAAACCUUUUGACAUCUUCACAGCUGACAGAAGCAGGAGACUCCAUCCUAUGAAAGUAAAGUCACUGACACCAGAGGAGAUCUGCAGGGCCAUGCGGUGCACAGGCAUGGGAAACUGGGUCCUGUACAUCCGGCUGAAGACCAGCAGUGAAGACCUCCAUUCUGCACAGAGACAAGACGAUGAAACCAUCGAUCUUCCCACAAGAGGUGCCACAACAUCAGCUGAUCAAAGCAAAAUGUCGUCUCCCACAGCUCAGCCCGAGAAGAGGAAGCGUGGCCGACCUCGGCUCAAAGAAGAACCAACUCAGCACUAUUUCAGGAUCUGCAUGCUGGAGGAUUCCUCAUCAGACGUCUCCUCUAAACAUGUGUUGCAGAGAUCCUCGGUACAGGACCUGAAGUGUCCUCGCGGUCUCCACGAGGCAGACUUCCUGGCCCUGCUGAGGUCCACUGUCCCCCAGCUGGCUGGAGACGAACCUUUCAGCAUCUUCAAAUGCAACAGAAGCAGGCAGCUCCAGAGGCUCAAUGUAAAGAGUCUGACCCCAGAGGAGAUCUCCAGGACUGUGAAGGGCCCCGGGGCCUUGCUCUACGUCAGACUGAAGACAGGAAAGGAGGAGGAGGAUGAAGAUGAUGAAUGUGACCUUUUGCUGAGAGACUAUGACGCCACUGAUGCUGUAGUGAUGAAGAGUGGGGACGCCAGGCUCAGUUCAAGGUUGUCGUCUCCCACAGCUCAGCCCGAGAAGAGGAAGCGUGGCCGACCUCGGCUCAAAGAAGAACCAACUCAGCACUAUUUCAGGAUCUGCAUGCUGAAGGAUUCCUCAUCAGAUGUCUCCUCUAAACAUGUGUUGCAGAGAUCUUCGGUACAGGACCUGAAGUGUCCUCGCGGUCUCCACGAGGCAGACUUCCUGGCCCUGCUGAGGUCCACUGUCCCCCAGCUGGCUGGAGACGAACCUUUCAGCAUCUUCAAAUGCAACAGAAGCAGGCAGCUCCAGAGGCUCAAUGUAAAGAGUCUGACCCCAGAGGAAAUCUCCAGGACUGUGAAGGGCCCCGGGGCCUUGCUCUACGUCAGACUGAAGACAGGAAAGGAGGAGGAGGAUGAAGAUGAUGAAUGUGACCUUUUGCUGAGAGACUAUGACGCCACUGAUGCUGUAGUGAUGAAGAGUGGGGACGCCAGGCUCAGUUCAAGUAGCCUGGUUCGAUGUGGAGAUGGUAAGAGAGUGGCCGCUCCAUCCCACCACUUAACACUCCAACCGGACAUGGACACAGAGGAGGCUGAUGAUGAGGGCAACAUGGCCUCCAGCACUGAUAAGGACGAUGACGACGACUGGAAACCAGAUCAGACCAGCAGGAAGCGAGCGCCCAGGUCUACUGUCGAGAGGAGCAAAGCGUCCUGUAAAGUCUGUGGAGUGUGGUACAAGAUCCAGGGCAGCCUGAUCAAACACGCCUGGAGUCACGUGGAAGAACCUCAGUGUGCUUGUGGCGUGUGCGGAGAGCAUUUCCAAGCUGUGGAAGAAAUAAAGACACAUCUUAGAAACCACCAGAAAACUUUUGACUGUUUAUACUGUGGCAAGUCUUUCUUCACUGCCGCUAGCCUCAACAACCACACCACCCUGCACACAGGAAACAGACUGUUUAAAUGUGAUGAGUGCAACAAAACCUUUGCUCACAAGUAUCGACUGAGGAUUCACAGCUGGGUCCAUGUGGUGGAGAAACCAUACAAGUGUGAUGUUUGCCCGAAAACGUUUGGCCUGAAAGCACAGCUCAGAGCCCACAGCAAGAUGCACGCCGGUAGAGACAAGUAUCACUGCCACAUCUGUGGUAAGUUUGUCUAUGACCUGCGAUCUUUAACGCGCCACAAGGCGACUCACUCGGUGGAGAGACGUUAUGGCUGUGAGAUUUGUGGGAAGCGUUUCAAGGUCAUCAGCACAUUGAAGGCGCACGAGAAGAUCCACACAGUCAGGGAGCGGCCGUACCUCUGCCACAUCUGCUGCAAAACCUUCCUGUCAAACUGUGGCUUAAAAGCUCACAUGAUGACACACGAAGGCGAGAGGCCGUUCAUCUGCAUCGUAUGUAGCAAGGGCUUCAUCUCCAAUGGCGAGCGGAAGACGCACAUGCGAAUCCAUACUGGCGAGGCACCGUACGGCUGCUCUGAGUGUGGCCGCUUUUUUAAACGUAAGAGUCACCUAAACAACCACAUCAAGUGCCACCUGGGCAUCAAACAGUUUGUCUGCACUGUCUGUGGGAAGGCAUGCUCCCGUCAAGAACACCUGACGGUCCACAUGAGGACCCACAACGGAGAGAGACCUUACCAAUGCACUCUGUGCGACAAAGCCUUCACUCAGAGCCACUGUCUGAAAACACACAUGAAGAGCCACCACCAGCCGGAAAACCAGUCCCCGGAUCCACCCGUGUCCUAAAAGACAUUUCUCUGCUGGCUCUGUCGGGAAAAAGAUGGACGUAGUUUUGACAGGGCUGCGUCUCGAACCUUCGUUCUUUAGCACCAAAUGGGAAAAAUCUGGUCACGUUUGUUCUCAUUCUGUAACUUAAAUCAGUGUUUACCUGUAUUUUCUUCUUCCACCAAAGGCUGAAUGUCAGAACAGGUACCAAAACUUUUCAAGUCACAGUGUGAAAUGUGACCAGACAAACAGCUGUUGUUUACUCAAAGUCCUUGUACAUUCAAACAGCCUUUGCUAGGAAAAAAUAAAUUGAGCAGUGAAUUUACAGAAUUAACAAGUGAUACCAAAACUCAGGCACCGUUUAGAGUUAAGGGAUAAGAACACAAAGAAUUUAAUUGUUUAAACAAUCUGAACACUUUGUAAAUACUGUAUCAUGUAUAUAGUUCUGUACUUCAUGUCAUUUACUACUCUCAGCUCACGUAUAUAUCACUACAAACACAAGUCUAUUAAACAGUUUCUAGAAGGCAACGCCUUGGUAGCAUGAUUAAACCUCACAUACUAAAACUCUACUAUCUUUUUUGAAUGUUUCUCCUCAUCCACUGUAGCUAAUGUUGCAUUCAGAGCCAGUGGGGAAAAACCAGGUGAUGAUUCUUUCUUUUAUAAAUGUUUUGGUACCUGUGGUGAACAUGACAUCAGAAUGCUUCAAAAUCCCACAGUCACAAACGCAACAUAUGAGGCCGGUCAUUUUCUGUGUUAACACUAUUUUCAUCAGCCCCAAACAGGGACUAAAACCAACAGCUUCUACUCAGUUAAUAUUGGUCAGUCCUGGAUCAGCUGGUUCGUCUCUGCAAUAGACCUCCACUGUUGUUCAAAAGCCCAUCAGGGAAACACCGCUGCACUGGGUAACGCAUUUCCUUAUUGCGAAACAUUUAGGAGUGUCCAGAGACCUCCAAAUAUAAGGGUCUGGUGUUUUGUAAUGAGGACAGGUGUCACCCAGCACAGCGGCGUGCUUCCCUGACGUCUUUAGAAUCAUUUUUGAUGGUCAGUGGCACAGACAAACAACCUAACCCAGGACUGACAGACAUUAACCACGAGUAGAGGCCAAUAUUGUUUGGUUUUAGUCUUCGUAUGUGGGGGUGCUGAAACUGAAUGGCCUUAUCCUCUAAACAUUUUAGUUUUCCAUCUGCAGCACAAUGAAAAGCAUACAGUACUUCACUGUAAAACUGUGAGCCUGUGUACCUGCCAUCAUGUUGUAUUUGUGGCCAAAAUAAACUUCCUGUGAAAAAUCCAAAAUGCUAUUUUGUACAACAUACCAGCAUUAAACUGUACUUUCUGGGGAAAGUAAAUG